AUGUCUGCACCGGAUCCAAAGGAAGCCUGGUCGCGCAUCCAGAAUGAACUCACACGACGAAGCGCUCGAUUCGGCGGCGCGGGCGGCGGCGGACCACCGAAGGGUGUCUUUGGAGGAAUCGGAGGGCUGAUACUCAUCGGUGGUGGAAUAUGGAUGGCCAACAACGCCCUGUUCAACGUCGAUGGUGGCCACCGAGCAAUCAAGUAUACCCGAGUAGGCGGCGUCCAGAAGGAAAUCUACAGCGAAGGAACCCACUUCCGAAUUCCAUGGUUCGAGACCCCCAUCACCUACGAUGUGCGCGCCAAACCACGAAACGUCGCUUCCCUUACCGGCACCAAGGACUUGCAGAUGGUCAACAUAACCUGUCGUGUACUCUCAAGACCGCGGGUCGAAUCUCUACCACAGAUCUACAGGACACUGGGUACCGACUACGAUGAGCGUGUCCUGCCAUCCAUCGUCAACGAGGUCCUCAAGAGCGUGGUGGCGCAAUUCAAUGCUAGUCAGCUCAUCACACAGCGUGAGAACGUCAGUAGGUUGGUACGAGACAACCUGGUCCGGAGAGCAGCGAGGUUCAACAUCAUGUUGGACGAUGUUUCCCUGACACACCUCGCCUUCUCUCCCGAAUUCACCGCCGCCGUAGAAGCCAAGCAAGUCGCACAGCAAGAGGCUCAGCGUGCCGCUUUCGUCGUUGACAAGGCCCGUCAAGAGAAGCAAGCUACCGUCGUUCGCGCCCAGGGUGAGGCCCGCUCCGCCGAGCUGAUUGGUGACGCCAUCAAGAAGAGCAGGAGUUAUGUCGACCUCAGGGAGUUUGAGAACGCAAGGAAUAUCGCACAGAUCCUGCAACAGAGCAGCAAUAAGGUCUACCUUGACAGCAAGGGUCUUGGUCUGGACAUCAGCCAAACCUCGGCGGACAAGGAGCAGAGAGCGAACAGGAAGUAA